AUGGCUUCAAAUGAAAGAGAGAUUGUGGUUUGGGUUUGCCAGGAAGAGAAGAUUGUAUGUGGCCUGACAAAGCGCACAACUUGCGCAGAAGUGAUUCAAGCACUGCUUGAGGAACAUCAGGCAACAUUUGGAGAGAAAAAGGUCCUUUUUGGAAAACCUAGUGAUUACUGCAUUGUAGAAAAAUGGAGAGGCUCAGAGCGAGUACUUCCUCCCUUGACAAAGAUUCUGAGACUUUGGAAGGCCUGGGGGGAAGAGCAGUCUAAUUUGCAUUUUGUGUUGGUAAAGUCAGAUGCUUUCCUCUCAUUUCCAUUGUGGAAGACAGCUGAAGCUAAGGUAGUACAAAAUGUAGAAAAACAGUGGGAGCUCAGUCCAGCAAAUUACAUGAAGAUGUUGCCAAUAGACAAGCAAAAGAAAAUUGUGAGGAAGACUUUCCGGAAACUGGCCAAGCUUAAACAGGACAGUGUUCAGCAAGAGAGAGAUAAUAUGGAGACACUGAUUCAUCUGAUCAUUUCUCAAGAUCAUACCAUUCACCAACAAGUCCUUAGAAUGAAGGAAUUAGAUAUGGAAAUUGAAAAAUGUGAAGCAAAAUUCCAUCUAGAUCGUGUGGCCAAUGAUGGAGAAAACUAUGUGCAGGACUCCUAUUUAAUGAUCAAUCCAAGUGAGGUGGAGCAGCAAGGGAGUAGACCAGAUGAUCAAAAAGAGAUGCAUGACUAUUUCAGCAAAAGCGAGGGAAUUUUACAGGUUGAAGAGAGACUGAAACAUCACAAACAAUUGAUAGAGAAGCUGUGUGCUGAAAUUGAAAGAGAGGUACACGGUAUAUGCACAGAAAAAAAUGGAGAUGAUGUUUGCACAGAAGGAGCUGCUAAUCCUGAACUGGAAAACUCAAAUUUGGAAAGUGUAAAAUACGAGCUGGAAAAAAGUAUGAAAGAUGGUCUGAGAAUCAACUCAUACCUGAGCUGCAUUCAGAAAGAACUUACAUACAGGGACUCACUGCUUCAAAAGAAGGAAAAAGAAUAUGAACUUCUUACGGAAGAAUUUAAUUUACUACACGUUAAAGACAACACUGAAACUAGGCUGCCAUCAAAUGAAGAGCCAUCCAAGGGCAGCGGCAUCUCCAGUAACAGCAUUGCUGUUCCUGACUUUGUUCACAGAGUGACUAAUCUGGACAUAAAUGAUACAGACUCUGACACUGGAAUCAGCUCCACACACAGUCAGGACUCUGAAAUAACUUCGGGGGACAUGGUACUGUUGUCAACAUAG